AUGAACUCGCCAUUUCCCAAAUCCUCGUCUGCGGCCGGCGAGGGCAAGAUUAUUGCCCGGCUUCAACCCGAUGGAGUCUCUGGCUUGGAGACCAUCACCUACCAGUAUCCACUCAAGCUCAUCUCCCCCUCAAAGCCGGCAGAGGACAAGAGCGUCCUGGUCUUCUUACUUUCCUAUGGCGGUGGUCUAGUCGGUGGUGACCAGGUCGAUCUCUCAAUCCACGUUCAUCCACAAGCAAAGUUGACUAUUGUCACCCAGGGCCACACCAAGGUCUUCACCUCUACGAAACCCGAUAUCGUGACGCGCCAAACACUGCGCGCAGAAGUAGCAGCAGGCGGUGCCCUCUGCCUCUUACCGGACCCCGUCCAGCCAUUCGCGGGCAGCGUUUACGAACAGACGCAGAUUUUCAAACUGGCCAAGGAUGCCUCCCUCUGUCUCUUGGACUGGGUCACCCAGGGGCGGUCGGCUCGUGGAGAGGAUUGGAGCUUUGUUCGAUGGCUUGGCCGCAACGAGGUGUGGACGCGGCCGGGAGACGGUGAUAACGGAGGUCGACUUCUUGUACAAGACUCCCUUAUCCUGGACAGUGCCCAGGCUCAUCCACAGAUGAAGACGCUGCGUGAGUCCAUGCACGCGAUAGGCAUUAUGGGUACGCUUAUCCUGCGAGGGCCAUUGAUGAAGUCUCUGGGCGAAUUCUUCUUGGACGAAUUCGCUGCUUUACCGCGAAUCGGAGCGCGGGACUGGCGGAGUGAGGAUGCGAAGAAGGCAGAGGUCAAUGAAGGACUGUCGGCGGCGGAAACAUGGCGGCGUGACAGACUCAAGAUGGAGAAGGAAAGUGGGCUGUUGUGGUCCGCGGCCCUUGUCAGGGGUUGUGUGGUGGUCAAGUUUGGUGCUCCGGAGGUGGAAGCUGGGAGAGCAUGGAUAGGAUCGAUGCUUGUGCAGGAGGGGAGCAUCGAUGAAAUCUUCGGAAACCAUGCACUAUUAUGUGUCAAAUGA